CCGAGAAACUGUGUUCAGAUAAGGUUCAGAUAACGUUCCAGGCAUGGUUGCAGACGACACACCAUUGUAAACCGUUUGGAAUAUGGCGUCGAUCGUGUUGAAGGUUGCAGGUCUGUCGCGGUGGGUCAGACACACUCUGCCCAGCAGGGCGCUCACAACCUCAACAUCUCGUCGCUCGAGGGUUCCGGGCUCCCUUUGGAAGUUGGGAAAGCUGAACCACAUUGCCAUUGCCGUCCCAGACAUUGAGAAGGCUACGUCGCUGUACCGAGACGUCCUUGGUGCGACGGUCAGUGACAAGCUGCCCUUGCCAGAUCACGGGGUCUACACGGUUUUCGUGGAGCUCGGAAACACAAAGCUUGAACUCCUCCAUCCUCUGGGGGAUAAGAGCCCGAUUUCGGGCUUCCUACAGAAGAACAAGUCUGGGGGAUUGCACCACAUCUGCAUCGAGGUCGAAGAUAUAAAUGCGGCAAUAGCAGCCCUGAGAGUCAAGAACAUCAGAACCCUUUCGGCCACGCCACAGAUCGGUGCCCACGGCAAACCUGUGAUCUUCCUCCACCCAAAGGACUGUGAUGGGGUACUGGUGGAGCUGGAAGAGGCCUGAAGCUCCCUGAACCAGGGAAAUCCCCUGGUUCAUUCAGAUCCCCACCCACUGGUCCUCCCACAACACCGACUUGGAUGUGGUACUCACAGGAUUUGUCUGAGAGUCAUUUGUCUCUGCUUCUUUUCUGCAGGUCCAUGCGUCUUGAAUGUGAUUCAAUAGGAGUUUGAUGCUCUUGAUGAAUAAAGAUGUGACGGUUGGAAGUUACAUAAUUAUCCUGAUCCCACUUAAGCCAGCUACUUUUAGAUCUUUGUUAUAAUAAUUUUACUUUUUACUACAUACUUAAUGCUGUUAAAAUGUCUAUAUUUAAUGGGUUAAGUUUGUAAAUUGGUAAUGUAAAAAAAAAAUGAAUCUCAGGGUUCCUGUCAUGAGGUGAAUUCUGGUUAAUAUGAUGCUUCUCUAUCAGGCACCAGUGAUGUUAUCAUUGGUAAAAGUAAUCUAGUAAAGCACACUUGUAUUACGUGGACAUGCUUUAACUAAUAGCUGCAUAAUGUUAGUCGAAAGUUAAAACCUACUGAAUUUUAGAAGUUUAUGUAGUAAACGAUUAAACGAGAAAAUAAUGCUAAUAAUACUUCCUCCAUCAUGGGAAAUUCAGGUAAGUAUAUAGAGUGAAGAAAUGGAGAAGAUUUUAUAUAUUUUUUUAUAGAAACAUUCCAAAACAAACCCUCGUUGCUAUCACCACAAAAUGAAUACGUUUAUUUGUUGCCAAACCAUUUUAGAUAUUUUAAAUGGUGUGCAUGUUUACGUUGUUUACUCCAUUUCGACUUUUGAGCUCUGUACAAGUCUUUGCACUUUAUUUAAGCCGUUCAACAUUUCUUAACGUCUUAAACUAUGUGGCUUUAUUAAAAAAAAAUUCAACCUCA